AUGUUGAGAAUUUUGCGAUCAAGACUUGGGCGGGCCGCCGAAAACAAACAGCAAAAGCCAGCAGCCAUUACGCCCCUGGACAACUUUGACUGGAGGACAAAGAAGCCACCCCAGUUCAGAGGUUUCAAGCCCAAAUACAACAUCUCUAUGGGCAUCAGACGUGAUACUCCCUCUGAGCUGCUAUCCAUUGACCACGACUACCUGGAUCGCGUCAACCAGCGCCGAGAGAUUCUCAAACAGCAUGAAGAUACGGUCUGCGGGUUCUUGCCGGGAGGGGAGCAGGCUGUGCUGGAGAUUUACGACUACUUUCUUACAGAGUACCUCCCUAUCCGAUAUCCCACCAUGUUUCAGCUCUCCCAGGAUAAAACCAUCUUCAACAAUCUCGUCACCAACAGAUCCUUCCCCACAAAGCCCCAGGACGUCCGAUCUGCGCUUCUCAAUCUCGGCGAGAUUGUGGAAGAGGAACUCUUCUUGCUCAUGCCAGACUCUGACAGUUACCGACUCGUCGCUUACGUCUGUUGUUUCCCAUCAAGUUUCGACCCAGCAGAAAAGCUUGGGCUUCUGCUGAGGGACAUUCACAAACCUGUUCCGGGGUAUGAAAAGAUUGGGCCGAGCAUGGAACGAUUCUUUGCAAAGUUGCAAGUUGGCAGCCCCAUCAAGCGACAGAAUUGGUCGGUGCAAGUUCACCCCGAGUUGUUUGACUGCGAAGCAAACCACAGAGUAAAGAGUUACGACGGUCCAGGUGAACCAAGCAUAGAAGAUGCAAGUCUCCAACACUCGCUUCCCAAGAGACUCUUUGCUAACGGACUUCAGACCUUUCUACGAUCCGAGCUACAAACCCUAACUCGAUUUCCAAAUACCCAAGCCAUACUCUUCAGCUUCAAGACAUACUUGUUCAAGGUGACUGACGUCAAGGCGCAGGGCCAGGGCCCCGAGUUUGCAGAGGCUAUCGAAGGCAUCCGGCAUGGUAAUGUGCCGGAAAUGUGGGAAUACAAGGGUGCGCCUAGAUGGGGGGAGACUGUUUGCAGAUACUUGCGAUCAUGA